CCCUGGAAACCCCAGCACUGAGCCGGCCGGGAGCAGGGCCUGUGCUCGCUGGGCCCCUCCCUGCAGAUGGCCGAGGCUACGGGCCUCAUCCAGGGCGCGCCCUCCAUGCUGCAGAGCCGGGUGGCUGCCCUUCCUGCCACCCUGCCCGCCUCGCCCGCCCGGGGUCAGACGAAGCUGAGGCCUGGCCGGCUGAGGCUGCUGCUCCCGCCCACGGAGGGAGACUGGGGAGGAAGUCUUUCCCAAGAGCCCCCUGUCUGUGACUCAAGCCCCUCUGCCCGGCCCCAGGAGCCAAGAGGGGAGGUGGCAGGCCGAGGAGGACCGGGCUGCCGCGGGCACACGGUCCCCGUCCCUGCACGCCCGAGCCCCGGGCACCCGCCGCUACCCAGCGCAGGGCGGAGGCUCAGGAUCUGGAAGCCCCGCCCCCGCGCUCUCAGCUCCAGUGCGCAGGCGCUGGGCCUGAUGGAUGGACGCCGCCACUACACCUGCCCACACCCGGGCCCUGCGACCCACUUCUGGACAAGGCCACCCUGGCGUGGGCGGCACCAGGAGCACCGCUCAGAGCUGCGGGGGCCAAGCCUGGCUGGGCGGGGAAAGGCCUCUGAGACCGGCGCCCUGCAGACCCUGCCAGCUCUGUCCCCCGCGGCCCUGGACCUGAAUAUAAAUGGCCACGGGGAGGAGGCGGGGACUUGUGUGAGCCCCGUCGCCCCUCACUCUGACACACCCUCCUGCCUGGAGCGGCAGUGGGCAACCGUGUCAGAGACUCCGGCUCUUCUGGCCAGAGUCUCCGGCCCCAAGUGUGGAUCCAUCAAAACUGUCUUUCCAAGAACCCCCGAGCCUCAGGGCCAGCCCAGGCCUGCGAACCCCUGCGCAGAAGACCUAGGGGCUGAGGCAGGGCUGCCUUCAGGGGAAGUGGACCAGGCCUGGCCCAGGCCACAGACAAACACCCGGGUGCAGACCCCACGGCGGUGUGGCCCUGCCUGCCUGGGAGACCCCGCACGCACAGCCCCCGCUGGCUGGAGUCUGCGCACAGAGGUGGCCCCAGCCACCGGCCGGUCCCGACCUCCGCCCGCCGGCCCUCGGCCUCCCUCUCUCCUCCGGCUCGGUGCCUGUGUCCUGGGGUCCCCACGCCGCGCUGAAGCAAACGCGGAGUCGAGCUCCCAAGGUCCCUGUGCCCCGGCACCCGGCCCGCCCGCCCGCCGCGGCGCGUCGGUGUUUCAGGAAGAAAGCCGCAGAGGUCCCCGGAGGGCAGGGAGGGGCCGAGCCGCCCCAGCCGCGCGGCGCGCACCUCCACCCCACCCGUGCACCUGCCGAGGACCGAGGGCUGGAGGAGCGCGGCGCCCUCUGGUCCGGCCCGCUGGGUCACACCGCGGACCCGCUGGGCGCCCCGCCGACGCGGGCCGUAAGCGAGGCGCAGGGCGCAGGUGCCCUGGAGCAGCUGGGGCGAGCAAGCGUGCGGACGACGCGCGUGUGCUGAGUGUGCCCGAGGGCGUGGCGGGCGGGCCGAGCGCGCCCCGCUCCGCCUUCGCGGGCCAGGCGCGCCCCCUACUGGCCGCUCCGUGCUCCCGCCGGGAGAGGCAGCGCCGGGAGUGCUUGGAAGAACCCUCCCUGCCCCCAGGCUUCCCCACCCCGGCUGUCCCCGGGCCUGGCCGGGAGCCCGGGCACCGUCAGGUCGGCCCGCCUGUCAAGAACUCCACCCGGGGAUUCCUGGCCAGUGCGUUUUCCCCAGCACGGGGCCCAGGUCCCGCCCAAAGAGCUCGCUGCUCAGCGGUGGCAGGAGGAGGGACAGGGAAGCGCCCGGGAACACAGCACAGACCCAGCCCUCGGGUGACAGGGACAGACGAGUGGGACGUAUCACUGCCCCCACCAGCGGGACACAAGGUCCUUCCCUCCCGUCCCCCACCAGGGAGGCCAGGCAGCUGCGCGCUCGGUGGGGACGUGGAGCUCGAGGCCGGCGCAGGCAGGGCCGGGCUGCCCGAGGGCUGCACUGGGGAGGGACAGAGACGGGAGCUGGGAGCCCGGCACCUAUGUCUUCCGCGCCCGGAGGCCAUUCUGGGACGGCGGUGA